AUGAAAGACGGCAACGACAUGCCUCCAGUCCCCCAUCUCCCCGACGACACCGAGUUUCUCAAGCGUGGCGGUCCUCGCUGGCCCGACCAACUACAGCCACGCAGCCUUUGGCACCAUCUGCAGCAACUGGGCUGCAUCAAAAUCAUGACGUACACAAGGCGUUGCUGCGGAUGUUGCCGUGUUAUCACUCCAGCUGCCGGCAAAGUAAAACGUCAUGUUACGUACGACUUUGCCGACAGCUGGAGUGACAACGCAGUAACACCCGAACGCCUUGUUGUUGGUCGCGAUGGUGGCACCUGCCACCACUACCACCAUGACCACCACUACUGCCCCCUUGAUCACGUCCACUGUCCCCCCAUCACGACCUCUCGCAGCCCCGUGACCGCGUGCCCCCUUCGCGACCUGCGCCACCCUGUUCGCCACGUUGACCUCAUCACUACUCGUGUCACUGUUGGCCCCGUCACCACGACCACCAAGGCGCCUACUGGACACCAACGACAAGCUUGA